AUGUCCGAUGAGCGAAUUCUCCUUGUAACGGGGAUUCCCACAAAGCUGUGUCGUGGUGAGGAACUUUACAAGGUAUUUGGAAACUACGGUACAAUCCAGCAGUUACGAAUAGGGAGCGACGCUUCCACGAAAGGGUGUGCUAUUGUUGUAUAUGAGCUGUGCGAGGCCGCAUCAGCUGCCCUGGAGGCGUUGCAUGACUUUAAGGUGGACAGGGAUAGACAUCUUAGAGUGUCGGUGUACGAUGAGACCAGAGAUCGUAGGGCGCUAGAGCGGCGGAAGCGACGACGUGAGAUGAAGGCGGAAUAUAGCCGCAAUAUUGCCAGUGCUUCUGCGGAGGUCAAGGCCGAGGAUUGA